AUGGCUUCGACCUUGAAAAAUCAUAAGACAGCUGCGGCCGCGGCAGUAGCCACUGCUGGUGCCGCCGGUGCCGGAAAGGGCAACUUCGGUUGGCUGGCCCACGUGAAAUACGAACAUCUGAUGGCUGGCAUUUCCGGUGGGGUCACAUCAACACUUCUUCUACAUCCUCUGGAUCUGAUCAAGAUCCGGUUUGCCGUGAAUGAUGGACGAACGGCAUCGGUGCCACAGUAUCGUGGGUUGACCAGCGCAUUCCUAACGAUAUUCCGCCAGGAAGGCUUCCGCGGGCUGUACAAAGGAGUCACCCCGAACAUGUGGGGUUCCGGCAGUGCGUGGGGAUUCUAUUUUAUGUUCUACAAUACGAUAAAGACAUGGAUACAGGAUGGAAAUACGGCGCAACCCUUAGGACCUACGCUCCACAUGCUGGCGGCAGCCGAAGCAGGCGUUCUAACGCUUGCCAUGACCAACCCGAUCUGGGUGGUGAAGACGAGGCUAUGUCUGCAGUGUAAUGAGCGCGUUACGGCCGGUUCCGGUACCGGUUAUGCCGGUAUGGUUGACGGUCUUACUAAAAUCUACCGCACGGAGGGCAUUCGAGGACUGUACAGGGGAUUCGUACCGGGAAUGUUUGGUGUAUCGCACGGAGCACUCCAGUUCAUGACAUACGAGGAAAUGAAGAACAAAUACAACCAGCACCGCAAACGACCGAUCGACGCCAAACUGACGACAUCCGAGUACUUGACAUUUGCCGCCGUUUCGAAAUUAAUUGCAGCCGCCGGUACCUACCCGUACCAAGUAAUACGGGCGCGUCUGCAGGAUCAAAACCAUAGCUAUAAGGGCACCUGGGAUUGCGUGAAGCUCACAUGGAGAUAUGAAUCGUGGCGCGGAUUCUAUAAAGGUCUCGGUCCGAACCUGACCCGGGUCAUCCCGGCGACGAUGGUUACGUUUGUAACGUACGAACAUGUAUCACACUAUCUAUUGGAUAAAAACAAAGCCAGGAGCAAUGCGCACUAAAGCAUGGGAAGU